AUGCCUGAGCAAAUGGAGCAGUACAUAGCAUCAUGUAAUAAAGAAACUAGUCAGGACGAGCUACGGACGAUUAUCAAGUCGGUGCAACUACAGGAUGAGGGUCACAUUAAUUGGAUAUCCUCGCUGACUAAUGAUCCCAGUGUAGCAGACGAAAGUGAACCGAAGCUCCCGUCAGACAACCGAACAACUGUUGACUUAAAGGACAUUCGACGGGCCCAAACAACGGACGAGGUGAUUAACAAAGUAUGUACGUUUGUGAAAAUUGGCAAAAGACCGACGGCCAACCAACUCGCACAGGAGUCUCCCGGGGUGCGACUACUCUCGUAUGAAUGGCGCAAGUUAUUUCUCGACAAAGACGGGGUGUUACGGAGGAAAAGUGGCUUAUGCGAGCAGAUUGUACUUCCGAGAAAGUAUCACCACAUGGUCUUGAAAGAGCUCCACGAUAAUAUGGGCCAUCUAGGGUCAGAACGCGUUCUUCACCUAGCUAGAGACCGAUUUUACUGGCCCAAAAUGCAGCGCGACGUCGAGCACUACGUAAAGCACGUAUGCCAGUGCCUUAAACAGAAACCCACACGACUGAAAACGAAGGCCCCACUCCAACCAAUCAUUACGUCUUCACCCUUUGAGUUAGUAUCUGUUGAUUUCCUGCAUCUCGAACGGUCAAGCGGCGGCUAUGAAUAUAUUCUAGUGAUUGUAGAUCAUUUUACACGCUUUUCACAAGCUUACCCAACCCGCAACAAAACGGCGCAAACUGUGCUGAAAAACUUUAUAACGAGUACAUCCCUCGUUUCGGGUUUCCCUCCAAAAUACUCCACGACCAAGGGGGGGAGUUUGAGAAACGGCUCCUUGGAAGACUCGAGCAACUCUGCGGCGUUGGUCACUCGCGUACCACUCCAUACCACUCGGCCAGGGGAAUGGCCAAGUAGAGCGCUUCAAGCGAACAUUGCUAGACAUGCUCCGCACCCUUUCCGAAAAUGCGAAAUCACACUGGAAGGACCAUGUCAACAAAGUCGUACAUGCUUACAACUGCACCAAAAACGACAUGACGGGUUAUUCACCAUUUUUCCUGCUUUCCGGACGGAAACCGCGACUACCACUAGACCUGAUAUUUAA